AUGAAUGGUUUAAUUGGAGUUGCGUAUCUUCCUCAUGGAACGAUGACUUUAGAUCCAAAUCGAGAUGAUCUACCAAAUGGUGCUCAAUCUCUUCAUGAAUCAUGUAUGAAAAUAAGUGAAAAAAUAGCAGAAUUAAAUCCUGAUGUAAUUAUUCUUUUAACUCCACAUGGUAUUAAUCUUCAUCAAGCUUUUAAUGUCUAUCAACCGAAUAUUUCAAAUAGUAAAGCAAGUGGAAAUGCUGAAUGGAAUAAUCAAUGGACUGAUUAUAGUGUUGAUAUUAAUUUAGAUGGUGAUAUAUCUCAAGAUUUAUAUUUAUAUUUAAAACAAAGAUUACCAAGAGUCGAAGGAAUGUUAGCAUUUGGUGGUUUAAGUGUACCAUUAAGAUGGGGUGAAGUUGUACCAUUAUAUUUUGCUUUACAUCAAUUAGCUUUACAAAAACAAUCAAAUACUAUUCCAUUAAAACAUAUUUCGAUUCAAUCACAACCUAAAAUUGUUAUUAUUGCACAACCAGCUAAAGGCACAACAAAUGAAGAAAAAGAAUCUUAUCGAAUAGAACAACGUUCUAUUUUAGUAGAAUUUGGUCGUUUACUUCGAUCAUGGUGCAAUCAAUCUUCGUAUCGUAUUCUUUUAGUUAUAAGUGGUGAUCAAGCACAUACACAUGAAUGGUCAGCUCAAUUACCAUUAAUUUAUCAACCUGAUCCAACAUGUUUUUCAAUAUUUCCACAAAGUGGUACUGAAUCUGCUAAAUUAUUCGAUGAAUUUAUACAAGAUUGGAUAACUGGAAAACGUUCACAGUCAGAAAAUAAAUUGUAUUGUUUAGAUGACAAGAUUUUGAUUAAUCAAGCAGGAAAUAUAGAAAAAUUUGCUCUUAGUUGUGGUUAUACUGGAUCAUUGACUAUGCAAGGUGUAAUGGAAAAUGAAUUAAUUCAAAAUCAAGUAGAUCAUGCAUCGGAACCAAUUCAUCCAUCUGCUAAUUGGUUAUUGACAAAUUUUAUAUCAUGUCAUCCAACAUAUUAUGGAAUGAUGGCUGCUCUUUAUAUUCGAAAUGUUGUAAAAUAG